CCUUCGAUAAAUCGGUUCCAUUUCGUUUUUUUCCUUUGAAGCCUCCUUGUUUACCUUGUGGUUUCCGCAUCCAUGCUUGCAGCUAUCCAAGAGAAUGUGCCGGAGAUGGUGAUGCAGCGGUCGCGGAUGGCCUUCUGCCACAAUCUCCACCUGGGCCGACAGCACGAUCGCUUCAAUUUCGGCUCCACUUUGGUGCUGGCCAGGAACCUCAAGUUCUACGAAUUCCGGCGCAAGGAGCUGGUGCACCACAUCGAUUUGCGGGACACGAAGCUCCAGGAGGUGGCCAGCCAACUGGAGGGCUACGACGGACCGAUGUGUCCCUUCCUGCCCAACACGGAGUCCAGGGAUAGACUGGAAUCCAGCAUGCUGCAGGAUCCGGAGGAGCUGCCCAUUAAAUUGGGGAAGUAUGCGUUUCAGCGGGAGGACAUCUACCUGCUGAUUCACUGCUGGAAACACCUCAUCGUGCUGCGGCGACCCAAGGAGCACGGCGCCAACUUCGAGCUGGUGGCGCAGCACAGGGAUGUGCUGUCCUUCCAGAUGGCUCCAGGUCCCAUUCCCUACCAGGCCGUCGUGGAGCUGCAUUUCCGCAAUGGCAAACGAGAGCGCUGCGAUUUCCAGAAGCCCUGCGAGGAGGAGGAGGAGGAGGAGCAACCCAGCACGUCCAAGGAAGCUUACGCACCCGCGGCAGAUUUAGAGGCCCGGCUGCAGGAGGUGCACUCCCUCCGAGCGGAGCUCGCCAGCCAGCGAGCGCAAACGCAGAAGGAAUUCGCCUUGGCCGAGGACCUCUUCCUCUUCGGCCCGCCCGGCGAGCGCUCUCUGCUCCUCGAGGAGAAGCAGCCGCUAAGGAGGCUCGGGGAUGUAUGGACUCGGAUCAGCGGCGACUAUCUCGUCUGCGGCACCGUGCUGGUCAACAUAGCCGGCGGGCAUCGACUGACCAUUGCCAAGGAGGUGUAUCCGCUGGUCUUUUUGGAGCCCCACAUCGACUUCUGCAUGGAGCACCGCCUGUACGAGCUGCCCCUGUUGCCCAAUGGCCAACCGCCCGAGGAGUACGACCAGAUGGCGCAAUUCUGGGCUUGCCAGGAUCAGCACACCAUGCGUCUCAAAUGGCGACCGGUACGCAAGCCGAGGCAAGUGCCGCCCGAAUCCUCCGUCGCGAUGGUAGUGCGUCUGCGUCUGGUAGAUCUCCUACAUGCCGAGAAACUCGAGCUGAUGGUGCAGUAUGAGGUUGGGGCCACAGCGGAGAAGAAUGCGUGCCCUAGGCAGUUGCACCUGAUUAGCUUUGACGUCAAGAAGCUGCUGGAUGCCACAGAGUCACUGGCUCCCACCUUUUCACCCAAAACGCUGCACCAGGACUUUCUGGCCGUGAUUAUGACGCACCAAGCACACUGCUCACUGAAACUAGUAUUCCAGGCGGCCGAGGAUUGCACAACGUUCGAGCAACAGUUGGUCUCCAAGCUGCAGUUCGAGUUAAUAGAAGCCCAGGAGCCGGAAAAAGAACAGAAAUCCGACCUGCUCGACGAUUCGUGCCCUGACUCACCCUUUCAGUCCUCCACCGCUGACGCUGCCGCCGCCAAUCCUGUCCAGCGCAUCUUCUACAACCGCCAGCCACUGUCGCAGUGGUGUGGCACUCUGCUCCUCCGCGACGAUCCCGGUGAGCAGUGGCAUGUUUACGCCCAAACGGACGACCGACUGCGCCUGUUAAUGCAUCGAUUGAUGCGAGAUCUUCUCCUGCUGCACUGCAAUCUUACUUACCUGCGGGUCAACGAGCCCAACCUGUCGGUCGCCGAUGCUAACCUCGAGUUGGAGAAGAGUCUGCAGGAGGAGUUGGAGGCCUGGAAGGUGGUGCUAAAGCCGGCAGCCAGUGUGGAGGAGCGUCGCAAGCAGCUGACGCAUCUCUACAAAGUACAAAUGGCUAGCGAUGUGCUGGCAUCUCUGAUAUUAAGCAAAACGGAGCCGAAUAAGGAAUAAAUACCUUAUUUCAAGGUUGGUUUUUGUUUAAUUUCUACAUAAACCACAGCUUAUUGAUGAUUUUUUUUGAGAAAUUUGAAAUAUUUUAUUGAUAUGUAUAUGAAUUGUAUAACAUUCCCUGUUAUGAAGUGUUUUAAGCAUGGAUUUUUUAUAUGAACAAUUUAUUU